GGAAAUAAAUAGAGAUGGUGAAUGAAUUUCCACCAGUUCAGUGUCUCUCCUGAAGAUUCACAUCCUGCUGCUCUGGAAUAAGACACGGAUCCAUUCACAAAUGAUAUUCUACACGUAAGGUUUUGUUUGGCUUUCCCUCAACGAAAGUUCAACUAGGAAAACCUGAAACAAGAACCAGUUCUGUGAAUCUUCUUCCACACAAGGAAACGUGUUAGUAUCUGGCUGUUUUAGUUACAACAAUGACUCCAGUAACAAUUUGGCAAACUUUUGAUUCAGCGUUUUCGGUGAGAUUUUCAACCAUGAAUACCAUGUUCCAGCAAAUAAAUCAAAAGCAUUACCUUUAUGCCCUUGGACUGGUGGUUCCCUGGUGCAUCUAUCGCUGGUACAAGGGUAGCAGGAGAGUGACCAAAAAAGAAGACAAAUAUGUCUACAUCACUGGCUGUGACUCUGGGUUUGGUAAUCUCCUCGCGAGACACCUUGACAAGCAGGGCUUCAACGUGAUUGCCUCCUGUUACACUGACAAGGGUGAAGAAGAGCUGAAGAAGAUCACCUCCGACAGACUGGCGACUCUUCACUUGGAUGUUGCCGACUCAAAGAGUGUGGAGAAAGCCGCAGCUCUCAUCAAGACUCUGGUUGGACCGAAGGGCCUCUGGGCCGUCGUGAACAACGCUGGAAUCGCUCUGCCCUCCGGCCCCACGGACUGGAUGACUAUAUACGACUACAAGAACAUGCUGGCUGUCAACCUCUGCGGGGUGAUCGACGUCACACUGAGCGUCCUCCCUCUCAUCAAGAAGGCCAAAGGCAGAGUGGUGAACGUGGCCAGUGUGUUUGGGCGAGUGAGCGCCUUUGGGGGGCCUUACUGCGUGUCCAAGUUCGGAGUGGAGUCCUUCAACGACAGUCUGCGGCUAAACAUGGCACCGUUUGGCAUUAAGGUAGCAUGCAUUGAGCCAGGCUUCUUCAAAACCAAUGUGACUGAUACAGUUGCGAUGAAAAAGAACCUGAGGCAGCUGUGGGAGCGACUCCCUCAGGAUGUGAAGGAGGACUAUGGACCUGAUUACUUGCAAGCAUCUAUUGACAUGUUGGAACAAAGGUUUAACAUGUUGACUGAUGGGAACCUGAUGAAGGUGGUGUACUGCAUGGAGCACGCCAUCUCUGCCGUUUACCCUCAGACUCGCUACUCCGCUGGGUGGGACGCCAAGUUCUUCUGGCUGCCUGCGGCCUACCUGCCAACCAGCAUCGCUGAUAGGCUUUUCCGUGGAAAUGCCCCUCCGUUUAAACCAAAAGUAUAAGUAGUUCCUGCCAAAUCAGUUGUGUUAGAAAAACAUGGGCUAAUUUAAAGAUUUCUUGUCACUUUUAUAUUACUGCUAUAAAUGUUUGUACAUGAAGGUUCGUUGAAAAUACAUAAACAUUUUCUGUAUCAUCA